AUGGAGGGUUUUGUUUGUUCUCCUUUCAGCCCCUACCAAGGCUUCAGGAGCAGCCUCGCUCCAGGCCGCAGUGGGGACCCGAAGGUGAAGCAGCCCAGCUGGAAGCAGAGCAAGAGCAGCAGCAUCAGCCCCUUCUUGGGGGGGCACCUCACACCCCUGUCCUCUGACUUCCUCGACAGCUACCGACGGGGCCAGCUCCAGGCCCUGCUGUCCCACAUAAGCCCCGGGUUGGCACCGCGGCUGCGCCACGCCAGCACCAAGGAGGUGGGCGUGCAGGUGAACCUCCGGGCUGAUGCCGCCGUGCAGUGCUCGCUGGGGCCGCGCACGCUGCCCGUCGGCCGCCCCCUGAGCCCCACCGUCUUCCGCACCCAAGGGCACCUCGCCCUCUACUCACCCGUGCCCGACCGCCGUCUUUUCACGCUGCCCGAGGCCGCUGGACCCCGGGAGAAUGAAGAGGCGUCCGAAGCGACCCCCGAGGAGCAGAAGGCAGAGGAUGGUUGCAGAGAGCAGCAGCAGCCGGACCAGGCAGAGGCCGCUCCGCCGAGGGAGCAGACGGCAGAGACCCCACGGGAGAAUGCCGCAGUCCCCAGACGGCGGGCUGCCUUCCAGUUUUUGGAGCAGAAGUAUGGCUAUUUCCACUGUAAAGUUUGCAAGACCAGAUGGGAGAGUGCUUAUGUGUGGUGCAUUUCCGGAAGCAACAAGGUGUACUUCAAGCAACUCUGUCGCAAAUGCCAAAAAGGCUUCAAUCCCUAUCGAGUGGAACCUAUCCAGUGCCAGACCUGUUUCAAGACUCGUUGUACCUGCCCUCAGAAGAAAAGACACAUUGAUCUGAAGAGACCUCAUCGCCAAGAACUUUGUGGGCGCUGCAAAGGCAAGAGGCUGUCCUGUGAUAACACUUACAGCUUCAAAUACAUUGUCUGAUCUGUGUGCUCUCUUUUGUUUUGCACUUUGUCAGUCUCUGGCAGUGUUUUGACUUUAGGCUUUUGACUUGGCAUUGGAUAAUGGAUAAAGACUUUUGUAGUAUUUAUAAAGUAUUUAACUUCAUUGAGUAUAUGCUGUUAAUAAAGUUCAAUAAAAGUUUGCACUAGUUUGUUA